AUGACUUCCCAAGCUUUAAGCAAAGAUCUACUAUAUCUUUAUCGAAGACUCUUGCGCGCAUGUGAGACAUAUCCGUCAAAGAAUCGCGCAAGAAUCUACCAGUCAAUUCGGGAAGACUUUCGUGAGAAUGUAAACAUGGACCCAGACUCUCCGGAAGGCAUAAAACAGAUUCACAUUGCCUACAAAGGGCUUGGCCAAUUGCAACAAUUCAAUUCGCGGAAUAAUCCAAACUUCUCCGUGACGUUGGAGCAAAAUCCAUUCCCCAAACCAGAUGGAUAUAAGGAUCGACGCACAGAAAGUGCCAAUCGAAUGCUGGAAAAGCAUGAUGAUAGCUGA